AUGAGUUCCGCACGCAACACGUCCAGGCCAUGUCGUCCGGCCUGGACGCAGGAACGGUUCGACCACGAGCUCGCGGUCACUUUGGGCUAUGCGGUCGAUCCCUCGACGACACUUGCGUACACAUCGGCACUUAACUCAUAUCUCGAUUUUUGUCGCAUACAUCACUUCCCUAUUCAACUGACGUCGGACACCUUCGCCAAAUACAUAGUCUUCAUGCAAACCUACAUCCGCCCCAAAUCAAUCUCGUCUUACCUCUCCGGCAUUUGUAACCAGCUUGAGCACCUUUAUCCGGAAGUUCGGGCAGUCCGCAAGCAUCCCCUUGUCGUCCGCGUCCUUCGUGGAUCUCACCGGCGCUGCGGCGCGCCUGCCACGCGCACGGAACCUCUAUCACGAGAACAUCUUCGCUUUGCGGCUGACACGCUACUUCCGGACUCGUCAUUUGACGAUAGUCUCUUUUUAGCGCAGCUUUUGGUUGGAUUCUACGCACUCAUGCGUACGGGCGAACUCGUGGUGCCCGACCGCCGCGACCUCCUUAAUCACUCCAAGUUGUCAAUGCGUCACACCGUCAACAUCUCGCCCGACAACAUCACCUUCUCCCUGCCACGCCACAAGGCCGACAAAACCUUCCAGGGCGACAGAAUUGACGGCGUUCCCGCCGACCGUAUUCAGGCACUUGGGCGAUGGUCUUCCGACACUUGGAAGAUUUACGUGCGCAAACACCCGGCCCUACUCAACACUUUUCUCUUAGCUAAGUAG